CAGUCGUGGUUCAGGCCAUACGAACUGGAGGCGGGUUAUGGACAAUUCCGAUUCCGGGGCACGGGGCUCGCCGCCCCAGUCCGGACGCUAUUCUAUUGAUAGUUGAGUGAGUGUUGCCGCCUCCUCCCCCCCCUCAUCAUCACCAUAUUGAACAUGUUCGCCUUGCCAGGCUCGGCGAUGGAUGUCUUGGAAAACAUGGAAGGGGACAACGUGCUGAACUUGUCCAGGAUGAACCUGGAGACGUUGGCGGCUUUAGAGGACAUCAGCGAGGAGAAGAGGAAGGAGACUCACCAACUGCUGCUGACACACAACAGGUUCACCGUCUUCCCUGGAAACGUCGCCUACUUGAGCAACCUGUUGUUCCUGGACAUUAGCUCCAAUGGGCUGGCCCAUAUCUGCGACCAGAUCUUGGGACUGAGCAAACUUAAGACCUUGAUAGCCAAAAACAACAGGAUGGACGAGUUCUCGCUGCCCAAAGACUUCGGAAAGAUGAGCUUGGAGGUUGUCAACUUCAGUGGCAAUCGAUUCGAGGAGGUUCCUCCUCAGCUUCUAGAAUUGCAAAGACUCAAGUCUCUCUCACUUGGGGGAAACAGGCUUAAAACCAUCCCAGCAGAGAUAGAGAACUUAACCAGCCUGGAGCUGUUGUACCUGGGUGGGAAUGGGAUUCUAUCCAUCCCGCCGGAACUUGCCAACCUGCCUUACCUCAGCUACCUGGGACUGUGUGACAACCACAUUCAAGGCCUUCCACCGCAGCUUGCGCAGCUGAAUUCUCUGCGGUCACUCAGCCUUCACAACAACCUGCUCACGUACCUCCCUCAAGAAAUCCUCAACCUGGUGCACCUGCAGGAGCUGAGUCUCCGCGGCAACCCCCUGGUGGUGCGGUUCGUCAAGGACUUCAUCUACAACCCUCCGUCGCUCCUGGAGCUGGCUGGCCGCAUCGUCAAAUCCCGCAACUUCCAGUACUCUCGCAAAGACACGCCCGCAAACCUGGUCAACUAUUUGGACUCUGCCAGCAAGUGCCCCAAUCCCAAGUGUGCAGGAGUUUACUUUGACUCGUGUGUCCGGCACAUCAAGUUUGUCGACUUCUGUGGCAAGUACCGCCUGCCCCUCAUGCACUACCUGUGUUCCCCGCAAUGCUACUCGCCCUGCUGCUCCAACUCUCAGAGCGACUGUGACUCUGACGAAGAGUUCAACAUCCCCCAGCACCGGAUGCAGAAGGUUCUCCUUGGUUAAUGGCCGUUCCCGGGGCUCGCCUGAGGAUUUGGAUGACUGUAAUCCUAGCUGACUUGAACCUGUCGAAUGCAACACAUGUCAGGGUUUUAUUCAAUCCAAUCGUGAAACAAUUACACUAACAUUCAAACCUCCCCAUCAGAUUUGCAGUCUAUGGAUUAUUCUUAAUCUUUGAAGUAUUAUCGCAGACUUAAAUAUUUGUAUUAAAGGACUAUAUUUUUAUGCCAGU